UACCUUGCUUUCCAGUGCUGCCAUAUUAAAAUGUGUAAUAUGAAGGCGAGACUGUCAGGGACAUAGAGAAAAUGUACAUCCAUUUAGAUUGGGCUGACAUAUUAUAUAAACUAGAAAAUUAACUCAUUUUGUGUCAUUACAAAUUUCACAUUCAUUGAUGGCCUGUAGAUCCUCUAAGGCUGGAUGAAGUACUGGGUAUCUAAAUGUCACUUUCUAUGUCAAUUAAAGGGGAAUCCAACCCAAAUAAAAACUCGUUUUUAUAAGGAAAAGAAAAAUCAGACAAGUUGAUAGGUGAAAGUUUGAACAAUAUUGGACAAACAACAAGAAAGUUAUGAAUUUUUAAAAGUUGUAAAUAUUGGUAAUCACUAUACCCAUGGAGACUUCAAAUUGGCCGCAUAUAUGGGACAUCAUAGUGAUGUAAGGCAAGGACUACUCUUCCAUGUACUCCAAUACAUAUUAUGGCUAAAAUGUCAUUUUCCCCAAAAGUUUUAUUUCAAAUUAUAUUUUUCUUUCAUGAGGACAUAAAACAAUAUACAACCAGGGUUAUAUUUAGAUUACUGCCCCAGGGGAAUGGGUGCUUAGGAGAAAAUCACAAAUCCCUGAUAAUAAAGUACAUGGCCUAUGGGAAAAUUGCCCUUGUCCCUUGUCAUAAUUUACUUACCCAGUUGCCAAUUUGAAAUCUACAUAGUAUUAGUGAUCUCAAUUUCAAAGCAGCUAUAACUUUUUUAUUGCUUGUCUGAUUUCUUUCAAACUUUCACCAUUCCGUUUAAUUUAUUUUUCUCCUUCCCAACACAACAUUUAAUGGCCAAGGCUGGAUUACCCUUUAAGUAACUAAUUCCAAGACUCUUUCAUCCCUUUUCUGAUGCAAUCUAGUUAUCUCGUUAUUAGUCUCCAUUGUUUAUCUUUCCAUCUUUCAUGUGUUCUAAAGGCUCUUUGAAUUAAAUAAUUUGAUAUCACCUGAAUCAAUCUUUUUUUUCCUCCCAAUUCUUAUCAACCAUACUUCACUUCUCAUUUUUCAUUUCAAUUUAGUGUGAUUUUACAAUUAUACAUUUCCUCUCUUCUAUUCCCAGUUUCUCAAUCUAUUCAUAUUUGUCUUGUGAUUGUAACUACCAAAAGCUCAAAGCUAGAGUCAUGGUAACUGUAACUCCGCACAAAUAUAAACAGACAAGUGACUCCUCCCUUUCAGACACCACAAAGUCACCAUCUCUCUCUCCGUCCAUCAACUAUUUAGGCCAACCAAUCAGAAGCAACCAUCAUGUUGUCAGUGGCUGGUUUGUCCGGAGCAGGCGUGGCUAGGCAUGUGAGGUCCUCAAGCCCUGAGAGAUCCUCCACCUCCACACCUCGUAGUAUGCUCAGUACGACUAGUGCUGCAAGUAUGUUAGAAGAUGGAGAUCAUCAACCAUUGGAGAAGGAACCUGCCUCAGAAGGGAUUCUCAAGAUCAUCGAUCAUGUGCAUUUACAACAUGAUGUAUUGUGCUGCAAAUACAGUGAAGAUGGUUCCAUGGUAGCUGUAGGUUUAAAAGAUGGUUCAAUAAAGGUCUUUUCAUCUGAAACAGGAGCUCAAUUAUACAAUCUUGUUGACAGUGAGACUAAGGAAUCUCAUCUACCAUGUACUAGUCUUAACUUCAGACACCAUCUUGAGGGAGAUAAAUCACAAAACGUGCUGCUUGCAACAUAUGCAAGUGGGAUGGUGAAGCUUUGGCAUACAGCAAGCCGUCAGUGCCUACACACCAUACAUGAACCUAGACAAACCUUGGCUGCUGCAUUUGAUGUCACAACCUCUCUCUUUGUUACCACAGGAUCAGAUGAAAAGGUCUUUAUCUAUGAUGCUAAUACUACACAGAUUGUAAACACUUGUCAACCAAGCCCGUCAAUGGGUGUGAUGGAUGGGCAUAGGAGUAGAGUAUUCUGUGUCAAGUUUCAUCCCAGGAAUGUCAAGGAGUUUGUGACCGGAGGGUGGGAUGAUACCAUUCAGUUCUGGGAUACUAGGGAGGAACAUGCUACCAGGAGAAUCUAUGGACCUCACAUAUGUGGUGACGCUCUUGAUAUUGACCCAGUUCAUAAUCACAUCCUCACUGGAUCAUGGAGAAAGACUAAUAGUCUUCAGAUUUGGGACUACGCUUCAGGGUCUUGCGUGAAGUCAGUUCCCUCAGUGCCCGGAGACAUUAAUUCAUUGAUUUACUGUACCCAGUGGCUUGGGAAGGAACACAUUGUAGCAGGAGGCUGUGAUGCUAAUAUGGUGAAGCUGAUUGACAGAGGAACAUUUAAAACUACUGGUAGGAUAGUGGAUCUGUCACGAGGUGUUUACUGUCUUCACAGCAACCCUGUAGGAACCUCUCGAAGAUUUGCGAUUGGGUUUUCAAGCAGUCUACUCUUCCUACAGAUAAAGCCGACUAUGUAAUAAGAUACCUUGGACCCAGUAGGAACCUUUUGAAGAUUUGUCAUUGGGUUAUCAAGUAAACUGCUGUUCCUAGACAUGACUACUCUUCCUAACCCUCUGGAAACCUCUUGAAUAUUUGCCAUUGGGUUUUUGGAACUGACUACUAUUCCAAGAUCUGAAGCAGUGUAUGUAAUCUCCUUCCUUCGACCCUGCAGGAAUGUCUCAAAGAUUUGCCAUUGGGUUUUUGGACAACCUACUCUUCCUAGACAUGAAGCAGUCUAUGUAAUCUGCUCACUACAACUCUCUGAGAACCUAUCCAAGAUAUCCCUUGAGUUUUCAAGCAGCCUACUUCCUAGUCAUGAUUAAAGUAAAGUUACAGCCUUUUCUAUAUUAUACAAGAAAGUCCAUUGGAUAAUUUACAGAUAUAUUGUAUACCUGUAAUAUGUAUUUCAUAAUAAUUGGCAGAGGUUGGGCCUUGAAAAUUCACUUAUACACUAAAAAUCUCCAUCAGUGUAAGAUGUGGUAUUGAACUGUACUUUCAGAAAAAUCAAUAAUUUUGAAUUGUUUGCUUUACAUAUGUUAAAGGGGUUCAUAGAGGGGCAGGGGAAGUAGGGGGUGUAGAGUGUCCAGUUUUCUUCAGGCAGUAAAGUAAUUACUCUUCUCUAUAAUUUUCCAAAUUGUAUUCUUUCUUUUCGGACUCUCAUUUCAUUUUAAGGCCAGUAUGCUGGGGCUUUGUAAAUCAGCCCUACACAACCCAUGUAAACCUAUGAUAUGACACAGAAUUCUUUGAAAAAUUCCACAAACUUCCUCAUUCAGAUAUGAGAUGACAAAGCUCAGGAACAUUUUUCAUCAUUUUCAUAGGGAAGAAAUUUCAUACGGGGUGAGAAAAAUCACAAAGUGCACUGUAUGCUUCAAGUCUAAAAAGAUGAUCCAAAGUUGUGUGUACAAACUCAAUGUCAUGAUUUCUUUAUGUCAGGACUCUUGUUUUCAUUAUUUGAUUAUGUCCUGAUUAUUCAUGUUGAAUGAUGUCAUUGCAUCUCUUGAUGGAUUGUUUUAGGGAUAUUUGUUUUUGCACUAAUAUUCUAAAAGAAUAUGAUUGGUUUAAAAAAAUUUUACCCCAUGUUACAAAAAAAUCUUACCUCUAGAAAUUUUUAUGUUGCUGCCUCAUGUCCCAUUAACUUUGUACACAAAAGUUGUUGUACUCUCCCUUGUCAUGUCUUAAAGAUCUUUUGAGUGUGUGGUGUGUGGUUUAUAUACAUCUGGGAUCUCUGAGUAGAUGAUAGACAGAAAUAUUAAAUGUUGGAAGGGAUUAUAUUUAUAAUGUAUUGUAUAUAUUACAGAGUACGGUUUGUAAAUAUUAUUUUGUUUGCCCACUGAACAAUGGCUGUGAACAUGUAUUUAAUUGAUCAUUAAUACCUUGGUCACAUUUGCUCUACGGUGGCCGUACGGCGAGUCAAAAACAGCCGUUUUAACAUUUUUGUACCAGCUAUACAUAGGUGUUUUGAAUAAAAAUGAAUAAAACGGCUGUUUCCAACUCGCCGUACGGCUGCCGUAGAGCAAAUAGGACCAAGGUAUAAGAAGCACUAUUACAUACUUUGAUGAGUUGCUUCCCUCUGGAAAUCAUAAUAAAUUAGUAAGGAUUGCAUGAUGGUACAAUGUAGAAGGGUUUUUUUUUUCUAUCUAUAAUUGCUCUUUCAAAUGCUUUUACCUUUAAAAAUUUUCACACCAAAAGUAAAGUGUGACUUCAAAUGAAGCUUGUAUUUCCAGUUUCAUAUAGCAUACAACAACACAUCACCACAUUGACUCCAUUGGUUACUGUGUUAGUGUGUCAUUACUUGUAUAAUGGUGAAAUAUUAUGUGCGCCUUUGCGCUUAAUUAAGCAUGGCAUUAAGUUUAUAGUCGUACUCAUAAUUGAUUCUUUGUAAGCAGCCUCAGACUUAAGAACUUUAUGUUGGAAUUCUUUGUCAAUCUUGGUUUCUUUCUGGGCCCCGUUUCAUGAAGACUUGUUAUAAUUAUACAAUUUCUAUAAUAAUAUCAGCCAAUUAAAUUGAAUGAUUUUAGUAGCUUUUGUUAUUACAAAUUUGAUGAAAUGGGCCUCGGGUUUACUCUCCACAAUAACAGUUUGCAUGUGUUUUCACUUCAAUGCCCCUUCUGCAGGAAGCCAUCGGGACAUGUACCCAUUCCCUCCAAAGUGUAUAAGGGUGCGCUUAGAAAUACAUAGUGACAAUCCUCUCCACUGUAGUGUUAUUAUUAUUAUUUUUUUACUUUGUUGGUAUCGACAAAUUUCACCUUGAUAUUUAUUAACAAAACACUAGGAUCAUCGUAACUCACAAUUUUGCUAUUUGCAUCCUUAUCAAAUACUGCAUAGUUAAGGUGCCAAAGGUUCAUUCUAAAUUUAGAGGGGUAAACCACCCUGACAUUUAGUUUCAACUUUCAUAAAUGAUGGAAUUUCGUUGCUUUUCUUCCUAUUUUCUCUAAAUUUUCAAUAUUUAGCUUGUUUAAUUUCAUUUUUUGUAUUCAAAUCAAUUUGAUCUUAGGAUAGAGUAGAGUGCUCCUUUAAUGUCAAAUUUCAAACAGAAUAUUUUGGUAUGUUAUUUAUUUUCAGAGAUUCUUGUAGUUUUAAAAACAUGUGGAUUCAACCAUAUCCAUAUUUCAGAAUAUGAUUUUGCUUUUUUUUAAUUUUUGUAUUGAUAGUCUAGCAAAAAAAUUAAAGCUAGUCUAAAUCUUUGGUAAAGGGUCAGUAAUGUGAACAAUAUCAUAUACUCAAGUAUAAUUGAUUAUUACAAUAUUACAAAUGCAUAGUUCUAAUUAGUAGUCAUUGAAUACAUUUUUUCACCCAUUAGAAUCAAAUUAAAUUUUGAUUUAAAAUCUGGAAACUAUAUCAUUCGCAUGAAAUUGUGUUAGAACACAUGCAUUAAUAUGAUCUAGUAUGAAAUGGAAUAGUGACAUACUGCUUUGGGGAUUUACCAAAAUUAAAGAUGGGCUUUGAACUUUUUUACAAUCAAAUGUUUUCAAGUUCUCUUUUUUUUUAUGUGAACAAUUUUCAGAGAUUCAAAAUGUUGUGCUUUACCACUGGUCAAGCAAUAUAGACAUUCCUUUUAAGUUAUGUUAAGAGAUUUAUAUUUGUAUAUUCAUAUUUUAUAAAAGAAAUAAAUUUGUUAUAUAGUUGACUGUAUUUUCUAUAUCUUGUAGAUGUGAAAUACAAAUUUUGUUCAAUAAUUCCUAUUAAAUGUAAGCUUUAAUGUAAAUUGAAUAUUCUCAAGAGUCAUAUAUUUGACUGUAUCACUUUCCACAUUACCCCUAUCUGAUCUAUGUAGGUAUUCAACAUAGAAAAGGAUUUGCCACAUUUUGAGAAAAAUAUGUAACUUGGUAUUAAAGAGUGACUGAAAAUUUUCGAAAGUAAAUAAUCUAAAAUAUGUUUUCUAAGCAGAAAUGAGCUCAGUUUAUAUAUAUAAUUUGUAUGUUGUAAUCAAAGCUGAAAUUCUAUUUAAAAGAAGUUUCCAUAGGUGUGAUAUUCCGUCCAAUUAAAUUAUAUUUGUUCAGGUUGGAAAAUAACAAACAUAAUUAUAUCUGGUAAAAUUUCUUAUAUCUGUAAAUGAUAUGUAAAUAUUCAAAGUACUUGUAUAUUCUUGAAUUAUUAUGUUGAUGGAUUUUAUUGUAGGAAUGAAAAAUGUAGAUUACAGAAACUCUUUUCUGCAGAUUGUUACAUUUGAUUGAUUAGAGUAGACACUUUUUACAAGUCAUCAAAACUUGCCCCCUUGUUUAUAUGCCCAGGAAUCAGUUUUAAACCCCAAAUAAUAAAGAGAAUAAUCAUCAGAUAAUGCAAAUCUUUAAUAUACAGAUGUCAAUCUCAUAGCAGUCCAAAUGAUGUGUGCUGAUGGUGCACCAGUCCAAACCCAGUGAUAUAAUUAAGUCAGAUAAAAAAAAUUGUACAUUUAAAAAUACGUUAAAAAUAACAUUUAAGUUUAAGCAUUAAAAAAAAAAAAAAUUGUUUUUCACUUUACCCUAAAAUUAGGCUACUAUUGUUUCUGUGGUUUGUUCGGGAGAUGUAAGACAAAUACAUGUAUGCAUUUGAAUGUAUGAAAUGUAAACAAAAAAACUAUUUCAGGUGUUUUAUUUGGGGCAUGAUAUGGUAGGUAAAAUGAACAAUGUAACCUGUACAGAAGAGUUCAUACUAAAAAUAUGUAAAGAAUUUCUUUGAAUAAGUUUUUGAAUAACUAAAAUAAUUUUCAAUUGAAUUGAGAAAUAAACUGAAAUGAAGAUACUCA